GCGGUGUGAGAGUGCUGUUCACUUUUAAAGACAGCAUGUGUUCAGAUAUCGCCGCAUAUUGGAUACUUAAUUUUAAAAGGUAAUGCCUAUUAAAAAGAAGGCUUAAGAUGUCCGUUGAAGUGUUGGAAAAUGACUUGAUUAACUUACACGAUGGAUCGCCUAUAUUACCCAGAUCGCCCAUUGUUACCGACUUGGAUGAUGAGGAGUAUGAUAAUAAUUUAAUAGACUCAGAGUUGCCUGUUCUGGAGAAAACGUUACAAACAUCUCAAUAUGUUCCUGCAACUGACUCUAGACGCACCAGUGUAGAUAUAGAAGAUAUAUUAAUUACCAUUGAUGAUGAUGAUGAUGAAGAUGAUGAUAAUCACGAUGGUUUAAAUACGAGUGGUUGUGAUAACAGAGAAGCUUUAAUUGUUUUGCAAAAUCUAGAUGAAAUUUUAAAUGCUUGUCUAUCGGAUUGUAACGAAGAUUUGGAAAACGUUCUAUUAAAUAAUGUGGUUUGCGAGCAAACUCCACAAACCAUAGAGGAAUGCUUGAAAGAUUUAGAUAAUUAUUUAAAGGCGUUGGAUACGAGUGGGUGCGAUGAGUCUUUGGAAGAUUCAAACGCAGCCAGUUGCAUGGACGAUCAGUCAAGCACGAGCAGCGAGAGUUUGUUAACAGACUCGGUUUUAAGCGAUGACCUUAAAACUACUUCGGAGGAGACGAUUGACGAAGUGAGUCUCAGAAAUAGGUUGAAACUUAUGGAAGAAAAUUACACGAAAUUCGUGGCAUCCGGGUGUGUAAAUCGGGGUUACAUCGAUACGGAAAACAACAACAAUGGAGUGGAUAUCCGGAGACCAUUAUCCGCGUGCGGAGUACGUAGCGGAGCGUUAAACAGGAACCACCCGCACAGGGUGACAGUGGCGGUAGUGCGCAGGGAGCGGCCUUCGCUCAACCGAACCCCGUUACGUAAGUCGCUUGAGAUUGGCAAUAACAAUGGCUCCAGGUGCGCUCAGAACGGUACAUCCGGGCCAGCUGUCGAUUCAGACGAAAACAUCGACUGGAGCUGGGUGCAGGAUGUGGCACGAGACGUGGUGGAAGAACGACGCGCACACGCUUCUGGUGAUUGCUAUACCGGAACCGUGGUGGUCGAGCCGCUGGGCAGAACAUUUAGGCCAGGCAGUUCUUCGGACACAGCGAUGCCUAGAGAAGCUAAAGAUGAGGAACGUCGCGGCAACACGUGGUUGCGCAACUCGAUGCGCCGUCUGCGGCACUUCCGACUUCCCAGCGAUACACAACAGCCAAAUCAAUCCGAAAGUGCGAACUCAGCUUCUGUCACGGACGCUCCAAGACUGGAACCUUUCACAGCUCCGGUGACUUCAACUCCUGUAGUCGUUCGCCCAGUAAGUGCCCCGUCUCGUCUGCCGCCGUCUACGGCCACGAACCGGACUCAAAGGUCCUCCAGGUCGCGUUCUCGCGACUCUAACGGUAGUGGAGUGUCUCAGGAACCUGCUCGUAGUAGUUCCGCGUCUUCGCGCUCCCGGAGACCAAGGAGUCUCUCGUCAAGUGAAUCGAGUUUAGCGACCAGUGUUGACAGUACGCCCAGUUGUACUCCUGCCGCAUCACCCACUCAACAAUCGCAGGAACCGAAUGUUAAUACAUCAGUCCCCAGAAGACAAUGUGACAGAACAAGAAACAACGAUAUGCCAGAAGCAGACAGUCCCUUGGGCCAAUGGCCAAACAGUCUUAGCUCCAUGAUGGCUUGUCUGGGUUGUACGCUGGGUGUCUUUAAUAUAUCAAGGUUUGCCAUCCUGACCGUUCAUUUUGGAGCCAAUUUCAUCUUUCAGUUUAUUUUCCUUUCCUUCAUCUUUGGCCUGCCUCUAUUUACCCUCCAGUUGUGUCUAGGACAGCAGCUGGGAGCCGGGGUUAUAGAUAUGUGGAAGAUCUCGCCUCUUUUUCAAGGAGUCGGAGUGUCGCUGCUUAUUGCGCAGGCGUUGAUGGGGCUCUACAGCAUUAUAGGGGUGUCGUGGAUGUUCGUGUUUUUUCGCGACUCGUUUAUUACAAAAGUGGAUAAAUACCGAUGGGCUGAACCCUUUAUAUACUACCGAAACGAGAUUCAACCAUCAAACCUUAAUGGAAGCUACAAAUUAACGGAAACGAUUCCGGACUACUUUAACGGAGUAGUCUUGCAAAGACAUCAUUUACCCUCUGGAAAUGCCUAUGGGACAAUCAAAUUUCAAUUGGCGUUUAAUCUGGCUGUAGUGUGGUUGAUUGUAUUUGUUUCAUUGAGCAAAGGUUUAAGAUCAUACGGCAAAGUUAUCUACGGAUUUAUUUUGCUUCCUGUUUUUGGAAUGUUCAUUUUGUGUGCAAAAAUAUUAGGAUUAAUGCCACCGGAGUUUAUUAAUAUCAUUUUUCCUGAGACGUCUUGGGGAGAGUUCUUUAUUAACCCUAAGUGUUGGCUGGCAGCAGCGCAAGAGGCUUUUUUAACAUGGGGGCUUCUGGGGGCUGCUGUAAUGCAAAUAGCAUCACAUAAUAGACAUAAGCAUUUACUUCAAAGAGAUUCUAGUCUUGUAAGCAUUAUAACAUUUUCAAUUUUAUUAAUGGUCGCUUUUUUGGCAAACACAUGUGUUCAGAUACUUAAGUCUUAUGGAUAUAGUUAUCAGCCUAAUUCAUUUGAAAGAAUGUCUUCUUAUUCUUUUCUGAGAUACGCCAAAGAUCCUUUACCUCCAACAUUAUCAAAUACUCCAAUACGAUAUAUGACCCAUAAUUCUUUUAUUGUUGGGGAAAGAAUCACUAGACCUGGAUUAGAUCAUACUUUAGACAGUGGUUAUCAGGCAUUAAGAUUUGCUACAGAACUCAUUCCUGCCACUUUUGCUGUGAUGGGUCCGGAUCAAGUUUCGCCAUUCUGGGCUGUAUUAUUUUACUUUAUUCUAAUAAUGUUUGGAAUCGCUCAACAACUGGCAAUUUGGCAUAGCGUUAUUACUGGAAUUAUGGCGAUUAAAGUAAAUGUUUUAAAAUCAUGGGAAACCACCAUAACUUUUUUCAGUUGUGCUUGCGGAUUUGUAUUUGGACUACCCAUGGCCACUGAGCUUGGUAUUUAUGUAGUUUAUUUCUUGGACUACACUGUAGGAGGAAUGUGGUGGUUGAUCCUUAUUAUUUUGUUACAAAUUAUAGCUGUAUUUAUGGUCAGAGGGAGACCGUAUAGUGGAGAUACAGUAGUAACCGCUCUCUUUACCCCAUCCAGUCAUCCAUGUUUACUAAGUUGGGCACCACCCCUUUUAUCUUUUACCUGGAACGUUAUAUUACCUGUUGCUUUAAUGAUUUUAUGUAUUUCCACAUUUAAAAACGGUGGAUUCAGGGAAAUAUUCAUAUGGCAUCAUGCACCCUCAGCCGAAUAUUGGCCAUUAUGGGCAAGACAAGUUGGUUCAAUGAUUCAGUUGCUGCCCAUUUUUUGUAUUCCACUUGUAGCAGUCAUCCAAAGCUACAGAUAUUUAAAUAAUGGACCAAAUGAUAUUCUGGAGCGCAUACAGUUGUUGUAUCGUCCACCAAUUGGAGAACACAUGGAUGAUUUGGCAAUACAAGAAGCAGCUGUGGCUUCUCUUAAUAAUAAUACAACCAACCCAACAGCCAAUGUAAUUGCCGAGGACCCUCCACCAAAAUACACACCUCCGCCAUCAUACACGACAGCAACAGGUGCCAGAAUAGCAAAAUUCUUACGGCAGAGCAUAAGAAGAAGUGUAAGAAGAUUAGCCAGCGUUCUUGGAGAAAGUAGUAACACUAGACAAAGAGCCGCCAUUGCCAAUGCAAAUCUACAACCACCGCCUCCAGAUUAUAAUGCGGUUUUGGUGGAAAUGAACAAUACUACGACAACUGAUGUUUCGAUUGCAAUGACUGAUUCGCUUCCUCCACCCAGACUUUCCACUUUGGAACGACUGAGAAAUCUCACGCCAUCAUCCUCAACGCUUACUGCGGCUGAAGUGGCCUCGAUUUUGAGAAGCAGCUUUAGAAGAAGUACUUUAAGACCGACCAACCACAUAAGGAACACAAACUUUACAGAGAUACCUCCAAAUUUCAACGAAAACAACGGUUCGAUGGGCGCGGAGUUUUUAGUGAAUUCUGCUGCUCCGAUAGCAGAAUCUUCUCUGGUUAACGAUGAAAAUAAAUCGAAUAACGAUAAUCUUUCAACUGUGAUAUAGUUAGGUUUAAUUUAGACAAUUAUUUGUUCUUUACUGUGUAAAGAUAUUACCUGCUUGUAAUUCGUCUAUGUAUAUGUAGAUAUUAGUACAUUUUUAACUAAAAAACAAAAGUUAAUAGUUGUUCUUUUUCUAUUUAUUUAUUAUAUGUUUGUAACUUUUAAAUGUCCAAUAUUGUAUUAUUGUAUAAUGUAUAAAGAACUGAUAGUAUUAACUCUUAUACAAAAUAAAAAGACUAAACCUUUUAUAA